CCCCCCCCCCUCCGGUUUACAGUAAACCAUACUUUUUGUUUCUACUGAAACACUCAGAAAAGUAUAAACAACUAGGCAACAACAAGACUGAUUUGGCUGAUUCUACGGUUGACGGUAAGCGAUCAGUGCUUAUUUAGCGCCUUUUUCUGAAGUUACUAAAUAAGAAUAGGUUUUCCCGAAGAUUUUCGGACAUAAUGAGGGGCGCUUUCAACUUUACUUCCUGCUAAACUGACAAGGCCGAGAGCCGAAGUUUAAUGUCAGCUACCCUCGCCCUGAUUAUUGUAAUGUAGUUUCUGAGUGUGUUUAUAUGCUUACGACUUAAAACAGCUCUCAUUUAGACGAGUUCUAUCUUGGGAAAUUAAUUAUUUCUCAGGCACAGAGUUGGGAUAGGCUUUCUUGUUUGUUGUGUCAGUGUAAAAGUGAAGUUGUGACUCACCGGUGUAUUCCACUGUGGGGGUAGUAGGGUGUUGGUAGGUAAAAUAUUUCAAUCUCUCUGCUACAUAGUUUGGGCAAUGGAACAUCAGGGAUCAUCUCACUACUUUAACUUUGUUUGGUCAGGGAAGGGCGUUUUUCGUGUUUACAUCACACCCAAACCUUUUAAUCAACGAGUAAAUAUUAAUUAAACCAAUGGACCAAUGAGCUUGCCUGUCAAGUUAAAUGCACUUGUAAAGCUAGCUACUUUACUCUGCUAGACAGUUGGCAAAUUUUAACUCAAUAGAAGCGCUGCAUAGUUUAUAGACUGGAUAAUUUUUUUUUCACUUUAUUUGAAAAGCCGAGGAUAAUUCCAUUAGGCUGUGUUAUAAAGGGAGUUGGUGUUGACUAGCGCGACGUGGGGCUGCCAGGUGCAUUACAGUAUUCUGGUGCUAAAGUUGAUGGUCCCAUUACGGAAACAUAUAAACUCAGCAAAAAAAGAAACGUCCCUUUUUCAGGACCCUGUCUUUCAAAGAUAAUAAAUAAAUCCAAAUAACUUUACAGAUCUUAAUUGUAAAGGGUUUAAACACCGUUUCCCAUGCUUGUUCAAUGAACCAUAAACAAUUAAUGAACAUGCACCUGUGGAACAGUCGCUAAGACACUAACAGCUUACAGACGGUAGGCAAUUAAGGUCACAGUUAAGAACUUAGGACACUAAAGAGACCUUUCUACUGACUCUGAAAAACACCAAAAGAAAGAUGCCCAGGGUCCCUGCUGAUCUGCAUGAAAGUGCCUUAGGCAUGCUGCAAGGAGGCAUGAGGACUGCAGAUGUGGCCAGGGCAAUAAAUUGCAAUGUCCGUACUGUGAGACGCCUAAGACAGCGCUACAGGGAGACAGGACGGACAGCUGAUUGUCCUCACAGUGGCAGACCACGUGUAACAACACCUGCACAGGAUCGGUACAUCCGAACAUCACACCUGCGGGACAGAUACAGGAUGGCAACAACAACUGCCCGAGCUACACCAGGAACGCACAAUCCCUCCAUCAGUGCUCAGACUGUCCGCAAUAGGCUGAGAGAGGCUGGACUGAGGGCUUGUAGGCCUGUUGUAAGGCAGGUCCUCACCAGACAUCACCGUCAAAUAUGUCGCCUAUGGGCACAAACCCACCGUCGCUGGACCAGACAGGACUGGCAAAAAGUGCUCUUCACCUGACGAGUCGCGGUUUUGUCUCACCAGGGGUGAUGGUCGGAUUCACGUUUAUCGUCGAAGGAAUGAGGGUUACACCGAGGCCUGUACUCUGGAGCGGGAUCGAUUUGGACGUGGAGGGUCCGUCAUAGUCUGGGGCGGUGUGUCACAGCAUCAUCGGACUGAGCUUGUGGUCAUUGCAGGCAAUCUCAACGCUGUGCGUUACAGGGAAGACAUCCUCCUCCCUCAUGUGGUACCCUUCCUGCAGGCUCAUCCUGACAUGACCCUCCAGCAUGACAAUGCCACCAGUCAUAGUAAUAGCCAAUUCCAUUUACACUAAACGGGGCUCUGCUAUUCUUUCUGUUAAACGGAGGCUUCACUGAAGCAAGUUUGCAAGGGAAACAAGGUCACUUGUAAACUCAUAUAGUGGCAGAGUUCUGUGUGUGAUUUCCUGCAAGACAGGAAUGUCAGUGUUCUGCCAUGGCCAGCGAAGAGCCCGGAUCUCAAUCCCAUUGAGCACGUCUGGGACCUGUUGGAUCGGAGGGUGAGGGUUAGGGCCAUUCCCCCAGAAAUGUCCAGGAACUUGCAGGUGCCUUGGUGGAAGAGUGGGGUAACAUCUCACAGCAAGAACUGGCAAAUCUGGUGCAGUCCAUGAGGAGGAGAUGCACUGCAGUACUUUAAUUUUGUAAUUUUGUAAUUUCACCGGGUAGAAGGAUUACUUUAUCCUAUCCCAGGUAUUCCUUAAAGAGGUGGGGUUUCAAAUGUCUCCGGAAGGUGGUGAGUGACUCUGCUGUCCUGGCGUCGUGAGGGAGCUUGUUCCACCAUUGGGGUGCCAGAGCAGCGAACAGUUUUGACUGGGCGGAGCGGGAACUGUGCUUCCGCAGAGGUAAGGGAGCCAGCAGGCCAGAGGUGGAUGAACGCAAUGCCCUCGUUUGGGUGUAGGGACUGAUCAGAGCCUGAAGGUACGGAGGUGCAGUUCCCCUCACAGCUCUGUAGGCAAGCACCAUGGUCUUGUAGCAGAUGCGAGCUUCAACUGGAAGCCAGUGGAGUGUGCGGAGGAGCGGGGUGACGUGAGAGAACUUGGGAAGGUUGAACACCAGACGGGCUGCGGCAUUCUGGAUGAGUUGUAGGGGUUUAAUGGCACAGGCAGGGAACCCAGCCAACAGCGAGUUGCAGUAAUCCAGACGGGAGAUGACAAGUGCCUGGAUUAGGACCUGUGCCGCUUCCUGUGUAAGGCAGGGUCGUACUCUCCGAAUGUUGUAGAGCAUGAACCUACAGGAUCGGGUCACCGCCUUGAUGUUAGCGGAGAACGACAGGGUGUUGUCCAGGGUCACGCCAAGGCUCUUCGCACUCUGGGAGGAGGACACAAUGGAGUUGUCAACCGUGAUGGCGAGAUCAUGGAACGGGCAGUCCUUCCCCGGGAGGAAGAGCAGCUCUGUCUUGCCAAGGUUCAGCUUGAGGUGGUGAUCCGUCAUCCAUACUGAUAUGUCUGCCAGACAUGCAGAGAUGCGAUUCGCCACCUGGUUAUCAGAAGGGGGAAAGGAGAAGAUUAGUUGUGUGUCGUCUGCGUAGCAAUGAUAGGAGAGGCCAUGUGAGGAUAUGACAGAGCCAAGUGACUUGGUGUAUAGCGAGAAUAGGAGAGGGCCUAGAACCGAGCCCUGGGGGACACCAGUGGUGAGAGCACGUGGUGCGGAGACAGCUUCUCGCCACGCCACUUGGUAGGAGCGACCGGUCAGGUAGGACGCAAUCCAAGAGUGAGCAGCGCCGGAGAUGCCCAGCUCGGAGAGGGUGGAGAGGAGGAUCUGAUGGUUCACAGUAUCAAAGGCAGCAGACAGGUCUAGAAGGACAAGAGCAGAGGAGAGAGAGUUAGCUUUAGCAGUGCGGAGAGCCUCCGUGACACAGAGAAGAGCAGUCUCAGUUGAAUGACCAGUCUUGAAACCUGACUGGUUUGGAUCAAGAAGGUCAUUCUGAGAGAGAUAGCAAGAGAGUUGGCUAAAGACGACACGCUCAAUAGUUUUGGAGAGAAAAGAAAGAAGGGAUACUGGUCUGUAGUUGUUUCUUGCUCAGACGGGAAAGGGGAAGUCAGAUGUGUGGAAGAAAUUAGACUUAGUUGUGGAAACUACUGGAGAGCAAGAAAAAGAAGGAAGGCAAGGAGAAAGCGCUGCAUAGCCAUGCAUAUUAUGUAUGCCAAACAGGUGCUGUUAGAUUACAAUAUUUUUUUUAUCCCGGACCAUUUGGAACAGUGUAAACAACACUAGAUACAUUUAUAAGAGCAAAGACUAAAAACAGUCGUUUAUAUUAUUGUUUAGGCUAAUUAUUCAAUGCUUCCUUUGUUACUUCAUUUUAUUACAAAAAUGCUUAAUUGCAUUUCAAAUCAUGAAUGACUCAUAUGCUGUGUGAUGACAUGAACGAAUGAAUGAUUGAUUGGUACAGUAGCCUAUAUAUUGACAUAUAGGCCUAAGUAGGCCUACAGCUCGAUAGUGGUUAUACAAGGCUGCUAUACUAAGCCUACUAAUGAUAAUGACAUUAUGUAUUAUUAUAAUGAUCAUAAUAAUAAUUGUAAUAAUAAGAAGGAGAAGAUCAAGAAAAAGGAGGGUAUAGGAGUGAGAGCUGCAUGCGGAUUAUGUGUGACAAACAGGUGCUGUUAGAUUACAAUAUUAUAAUUUUUCUGACCAUUUGGAACAGUGUAAACAACACUAAAUAAAUGAUAAGUAAUACCAGAGAGGCUGUUGUAAUGGAAAGAAAGCGUAAAGCCUUUAUUACAGCAUAGCAAAGAUUAAAAACAGACAUAUUUGUCAAAUUGCUUUUUCCGACAUGUUGUGGUUGCAUAAGGCUUGGAGCUCACGGAAACAGGCUAUUAAGCAAACACUCCAACAGGCAACAGAAGCAGGAUUUGUCUUAUUUCUGUAGAUAUAUAUGAGUGUAGAUAUAUAGAUAUAUUCUGUAGAUAUAUAAAUCGGAUGAUUUAUAAAGUCAGGCACAUUUAACAGUUAGGCUAUUGAUUAUAGACCUAUUUACGUUGGGUUUCAUCUCUCUUCACUUUAGACAAUCAAGGCAAAGGCCGUUUUCUCGUCUCCUCACUCCGCUGCUGCCUCCUCCACAUUGUUCUCAACACCAAUAUGCUGGUUAACUUUGCUAUUAUGCACAUAGCAACAUGGUCUAGGAAAAGGCGCCAGCCAAUUCAACAGCGCACUGAUGUUUCAGAACCACAGACAGCGGACCGCUAUCCAACGCGGGAGAAAGCUAAUUUGUUAUAAAAUAAUAUUAUUUUUAUUAGUGUUGCACCAUUGUUCUUACAUAAUAAAACCAAGUACAAUUUCAGUAGCACAUGUCAUAGAGUGAUGGACUGUGACAUCCCCACAGCCUCCACAAUGGAUUAGUCCACAAUCAGACUGGUGUCUUGUGCUCAGCUGACUGCUUGACAAAAAUACUUGGUCGACCAACAGCCUAUCAACCAAACAAUCGACCAGUCGACUAAAUGGGGUCAGUCCUAGAAUUGGGUAUGUCUUCUCUAUUUGAAUGGUGCUAGGUGUGUGUGUCUGUCCGGCCAUGCGUCUGUCUCAAUCUGUCUGUCUGCCUUUCUCACGUGCUCCCUAACCCCCCCCCCCUCUCCAGGGAAGCCCCCCGUUCCCCCUCCCGUCCCAGAAUGCCAUUGGUGACGAGGAACAUCGAGCCUCGUCAUGUGUGCCGCCAGACGAUCCCCAACACCAUCCGCAGUGAGCUGGAGUGUGUCACCAACAUUAGCCUCGCCAACAUCAUACGCCAGCUAGGCAGCCUCAGUAAGUUACUCACUCUGCGUGUGGUGUGUGAGUUUAUACCUAGGGAAGUGCAUGUGUAUUGUAAUAUGAGAUUGUGUGUGUAAAUUGCAAGUGUGUGUCUCAUAUGUAAUCAUGUGUAUAUACACUGAGUGUACAAAAUAUUAACAACACCUUCCUAAUAUGGAGUUGCAGCUCCCCCCUUUUGCCCUCAGAACAGCCUCACCUGCUACCAUACUCCCGUUCAAAGGCACUUAAAUAUUUUGUUUUGCCCAUUCACCCUCUGAAUGGCACACAUACACAAUCCAUGUCUCAAUUGUCUCAAGGCUUAAAAAUCCUUCUUUAACCUGUCUCCUCCCCUUCAUCUACACUGAUUGAAGUGGAUUUAACAAUUGUGGUCCUCUGUAGCUCAAUUGGUAGAGCAUGGCGCUUGUAACGCCAGGGUAGUGGGUUCGAUCCCCGGGACCACCCAUACGUAAAAAUGUAUGCACACAUGACUGUAAGUCGCUUUGGAUAAAAGCAUCUGCUAAAUGGCUUAUUAUUAUUAUUAUUAUUAUUAUUAUUAUUAUUAUUAACAAGUGACAUCAAUAAGUGAUCAUAGCUUUCACCUGGAUUCACCUGGUCAGUCUAUCAUGGAAAGAGCAGGUGUUCAUAAUGUUUUGUACACUAUGUAUUUAGGCUAUAAUAUACAUUUGUUUGUGUGUGUGUGUGUGUGUGUGUGUGUGUGUGUGUGUGUGUGUGUGUAGGUAAGUAUGCGGAGGAUGUGUUUGGAGAGCUGUUUGUGCAGGCGGGGACAUUUGCUGUCAGGGUGAACACACUGGGAGAGAGAGUGGACCGUCUACAGGUCAAAGUCACCCAGCUCGACCCUAAAGAGGAGGAGGGUAAGAUACUGACAGUAUACACCAUGGGGGGGUUUCCCGCAUGCCGAUUAAGCCUAUUAGACUUAAAAGCAAUUUAAAUGGAGAAUAUUCAUUGAACAUGAUCUUUAGUUCAUAAUUAGGCUCAACCUGUGUCCGGGAAAACCGCUUUAUGUUACAUGCAAACAGUGCCUUGUAUUUAGUAUUCAAAGUCAGAAUUCAGUAGACUUUAAGUAUAAUGUAAUGCAACACAUACUGCCACAUACUGUAUACUUUUGACUCAAACAAAAGGAAUACUAACCCUAACUCUCUCUCUCUCUCCACCUAUCUCUCUCUCUCCAUCUCGCUCUCUUCACCUCUCUCUCUCCAUAUCACGCUCUCUCUCCACCUCUCCCCACCCUCCAUCUCUCUCUCCACCCUCCCUCCUCCCUCCAUCUCUCUCUCAGUCUCUCUGCAGGCCAUCACCCAGAAGAAAGCGUUUCAUAGUAAUCUGACUCAGGACCAGCAGUUGUUCUGUAGACACUCUCUACCACUGCCUGUACAGGAGACCUAUCUGACCUGCAACCCACCUCCACCACUCAACAACCUCAGCCAGUACAGGUACACACACACACACACACACACACACACACACACACACACACACACAUACACACACACACACUAAUAUUGUCUGUUGUUGUCAUGUCUAGGGAUGAUGGUAAGGAUGCUCUGAAGUUCUACACGGAUCCCUCCUACUUCUUUGAUCUGUGGAAGGAGAAGAUGCUGCAGGACACCAAGGAUAUCAUGAAGGAGAGACGCAAACACAGGGUAAACACAGGGUAACAUACACACACAGUAAGAUGGCGCUGCAGAGGAUAGCAACCGUUUUACGGGCUCCUGACCAAUUUUGAUAUUUUGUGUUGCUUUUUAUGCUGAUCUUAACUUUUUUUGUACAGCAUGUCUCCGCUAUCAUUUCAUCAGAACGCCGAUCACUAACCUUGAUUUGGAUGACAAUUUCUACUUUUAUGAUUCGGCAGCUCUGGCCGUUCUGCUUACUCCGGACCAGGCCUUAAUCCCCGGGACUCGAAAGAGGAAGUGCCGGCGCAAGAGAGGUAGAAGAGACUACGUUGGCGAGCAAAUAAAACGCCUCUACCCUCCGUUCUAUAAGCGAACGUACAGUCGCAAAAACUCAAACACAUCAGUCACCAGCUUCAUUAAUAAGUACAUCAACAACGUCGUCCCAACAGUGACCGUACGUACAUAUCCCAACCAGAAGCCAUGGAUUACAGGCAACAUCCAUACUGAGCUAAAGGAUAGAGCUGCAGCUUUCAAGGAGUGGGGCACUAAUCCGGACACUUAUAAGAAAUCCUGCUAAGACUUCCGACGAGCCAUCAAACAGGCAAAGCGUAAAUACAGGACUACGAUCGAAUCCUACUACUCCGGCUCUGACGCUCGUCGGAUGUGGCAGGGCUUACAAACUAUCACAGAUUACAAAGGGAAACCCAGCUGCUCAGUGACGUGAGCCUACCAGACGAGUUAAAUGCCUUCUAUGCUUGCGUUGAGGCAAGCAACACUGAAUCAUGCAACCAGCUGUUCCGGACGACUGUGUGAUCUCGUUGUCCAUAGCCGAUGUGAGUAAGACCUUAAAACAGGUUAACAUUCACAAGGUUGUAGGGCCAGAAGGAUUACCAGGACACGUAUUCAGAGCAUGCGCUGACCAGCUGUUCAGUGUCUUCACUGAUAUUUUCAACCUCUCCCUGACUCAAGGAGACCAAAGACUGCCAAAGUAACCUGUCUAUCGGCCCGUAGCACUCACAUCUGUAGCCAUUAAAUACUUUGAAAGGCUGGUCAUGGCUUACAUCAACACCAUCAUCCCAGACAUCCUGGACCCACUCCAAUUCACCCCAACAUUACAUUUACAUUUAGCAACUGAAUCUUGGACUUCCUGACGGGUCGCCCCAAGGUGGUGAGGGUAGGUAACAGCACAUCUGCCACGCUGAUCCUGAACACGGGGGGCCCCUCAGUGGUGCGUGCUUAAGGCGUCAGCAUACUUCAGUUCGGCUGGCCCGAACAAGUGUGCUUGCAUACUCCCUUAAAAGACCUACGGUACUGUUUGUCCAUUUUGAGACGCCGUAGCCAGUAUACACUUUCUCAAAAUAGUCUUAUUAAUUAAUCUCAAUCAACUCAAGAAAUCUGUCAUUAAUUUUUAUGUUUUUGCCAAGGAGAUCUUAGUCGCGCAAUUUUACAUCCAAGUGUUUGGUGCAUUAUUUCGCAAUGAAAGAAUGUGCAUGAAAACGAGUCAUCUCUCAUUGAAUGACAACAAAUAUUUUAUUGAAGAAUCCCUACUGUUGACCAAUCACAGACGAAGGGGCGUAGACUUCGGCUACCGACUUCGGCUACCGACUAUGGCUACCGACUUCGGCUUGCCUCUAGAUUCUUUUGUGUGUGCCCGAAGUCGGUAGCCGAAAACGUACAAACAAAAAUGGCACAAAAUGUUGUCAUAAUAUAUAGACAAUCUCUUCUGAACUGUUUCGGCGGUGAAGCAUGUGGACGACUUUAGUCCCCUCCUGUACUCCCUGUUCACCCACGACUCCAACACAAUUAAGUUUGCUGACGACAGAACUGGUAGGCCUGAUCACCGUGUGGUCCGAGGACAACAACGUCUCCCUCAACAUCAGCAGGACAAAGGAGCUGAUCGUGGACUACAGGAAACUGAGGACGGAGCAGGCCCCCAUCCACAUCAGUGGAGUGGGUUGAGGGCUUCAAGUUCCUCAGUGUCCACAUCACUAAUGAAUUAACAUGAUCCACACACACCAACACAGUCGUGAAGAAGGCACGACAAUGGUAAAGAUUUGGCAUUGGCCCUCAGAUCCUCAAAAAGGAUGCUCCAUUGAGAGCUUCUUGACUGUCUUCAUUAUAGCUUAGUAUGGCAACUGCUUGGCAUCCGGCAGCAAGGCGCUACAGAGGGUUGUGCGUACGGCCCAGUACAUCACUGGGGCCGAGCUCCCUGCCAUCCAGGACCUCUAUAUCAGGCAGUGUGAAAGGAAGGCCCUAAAAAUUGUCAAAGACUCUAGGCACCCAAGUCAUAGACUGUUCUCUCUGCUACCGCACAGCAAGCAGUACGGAUGCACCAAGUCUGGAACCAACAGAACCGUGAACAGCUUCUACCCCCAAGCCAUAAGACUGACAAAUAUUUAACCAAAUAGCUACCCGGACUAUCUGCAUUGACUAACUCUUUUGACUCAUCACAUUCGCUGCUGCUAUUGUUUAUCUAUUCUGUUGCCUAGUAACUUUACCCCUACCUACACUGAGUGUACAAAACAUGCUCUUUCCAUAACAUAGACGGACCAGGUGAAUCCAAGUGAAAGCUAUGAUCCCUUAUUGAUGUUACCUGUUGAAUCCACUUCAAUCAGUUUAGAUGAAGGGGAGGAGACCGGUUAAAGAAGGAUUUUUAAGCCUUUGAGACAGUUGAGACAGAUUGUGUAUGUGUGUCAUUCAGAGGGUGAAUGGGCAAGACAAAAGAUUUAAGUGCCUUUGAACGGGGUAUGCUAGUUGGUGCCAGGCGCUCCAGUUUGAGUGUGUCAAGAAUUGCAACGCUGCUGGGAUUUUCAUGCUCAACAGUUUCCUGUGUGUAGCAAGAAUGGUCCACCAUCCAAAGGACAUCCAGCCAACUUGACACAACUGUGGGAAGCAUGGGCCAGUAUCCCGGUGGAACGCUUUCGACACCUUGUGGAGUCAUGCCUCGACGAAUUGAGGCUGUUCUGAGGGCAAAAGGGGGUGCAACUCAAUAUUAGGAAGGUGUUCCAAAUAUUUUGUACACUCAGUGUAUAUGUACAGUGCAUUCGGAAAGUAUUCAGACCCCUUCCCUUUUUCCACAUUUUGUUACGUUACAGCCUUAAUCUAAAAUGGAUUAAAUUUCAUUUUUUCCUCAUCAAUACCCAAUACCCCAUUAUGUCAAAGCAAAAACAGGUUUUUAGAAAGUUUUGCACAUUUAUACAAAAUAAAAUACAGAAAAAACGUAUUUACAUAAGUAUUCAGACCUUUUGCUAUGAGACUCGAAAUUGAGCUAAGGUGCAUUCUGAUUCCAUUGAUCAUCCUUGGGAUGUUUCUACAACUUGAUUGGAGUCCACCUGUGGUAAAUUCAAUUGAUUGGACAUGAUUUGGAAAGACACACACCUGUCUAUAUAAGGUCCCACAGUUGACAGUGCAUGUCAGAGCAAAAACCUAGCCAUGAGGUCGAAUGAAUUGUCCGUAGAGCUCCGAGACAUGAUUUUGUCAAGGCACAGAUCUGGGGAAGGGUACCAAAACAUCUCUGCAGCAUUGAAGGUCCCCAAGAACACAGUGGCCUCCAUCAUUCUUAAAUCGAAGAAGUUUGGAAUCACCAAGACUGUACUCCUGAGUGGCGCAGUGGUCUAAGGCACUGCAUCGCAGUGCUAACUGUGCCACUAGAGAUCCUGGUUCGAAUCCAGGCUCUGUCGCAGCCGACCGCGACCGGGAGACUCAUGGGCGGCGCACAAUUGGCCCAGCGUCGUCCAGGGUAGGGGAGGGAAUGGCCGGCAGGGAUGUAGCUCAGUUGAUAGAGCAUGGCGUUUGCAACGCCAGGGUUGUGGGUUCGAUUCCCACGGGGGGCCAGUAUAAAAAAAAUAUGUAUUCACUAACUGUAAGUCGCUCUGGAUAAGAGCGUCUGCUAAAUGACUAAAAUGUAAAUGUAAAAGACUCUUCCUAGAGCUGGCCGCCCGGCCAAACUGAGCAAUCGGUGAGAAGGACUUUGAUCAGGGAGGUGACCAAGAACCCGAUGGUCACGCUCCAGAGUUCCUCUGUGGGGAUGGGAGAACCUUCUAGCAGGACAACCAUCUCUGCAGCACUCCACCAAUCAGGCCUUUAUGGUAGAGUGGCCAGACAGAAGCCACUCCUCAGUAAAAGGCACAUGACAGCCCGCUUGGAGUUUGACAAAAUGCACCUAAGGACUCUCAGACCAUGAGAAACAAGAUUCUCUGAUCUGAUGAAACCAAGAUUCAACUUUUUGGCCUGAAUGCCAAGCGUCACGUCUGGAGGAAACCUGGCACCAUCCCUACCGGGAAGCAUGGUGGUGGCAGCAUCAUGCUGUAGGGAUGUUUUUCAGUGGCAGGGACUGGGAGAUUAGUCAGGAUCGAGGGAAAGAUUAACGGAGCAAAGUACAGAGAGAUCCUUGAUGAAAACCUGCUCCUGAGCACUCAGGACCUGAGACUGGGGUGAAGGUUCACCUACCAACAGGACAAUGACCCUAAGCACACAGCCAAGACAACGCAUGAGUGGCUUCGGGACAAGUCUCUGAAUGUCCUUGAGUGGCCCAGCCAGAGCCCAGAUUUGAACCCGAUCGAACAUCUCUGGAGAGACCUGAAAAUAGGUGGGCAGCGACGCUACCGAUCCUACCUGACAGAGCUUGAGAGGAUCUGCAAAGAAGAAUGGGAGAAACUCCCCAAAUACAGGUGUGCCAAGCUUGUAGCAUCAUACCCAAGAAGACUCAAGGCUGUAAUCGCUGCCAAAGGUGCAUCAACAAAGUACUGAGCAAAGGAUCUGAAUACUUAUUUGUUUUAUUUGUAAUAAAUUUGCAAAAGUUUUUAAAAACCUGUUUUUGCUUUGUCAUUAUGGGGUAUUGUGUGUAGAUUGAUAAGGGAAAAAAUGAAUUCAAUCAAUUUCAGAAUAAGGCUCUAACGUAACAAAAAGGGGAAGGGGUCUGAAUACUUUCUGAAUGCACUGUACAUAUCUACCUCAAUUGCCUCGUACCCCUGCACGUCAACUGGGUACUGGUACCCCGUGUAUAUAACCAAGUUAUCGUUACUCAGUGUAUUUAUUCCUCGUGUUAUUAUUUUUCUAUUAUGUUUCUAUGUUUCUCUCUGCAUUGUGGGGAAGGGCCCGUAAGUAAGCAUUUCACUGUUAGUCUACACCUGUUAGUCUACACACACACACACGUCCUUCAAUGAGACAGUGGAGUUUGUUUUCGGCCUGUUGGUAAAUGCAUCUCAUCUCCUGCUUAAACAAAACAAGGAAGUGCACUUAUAGCGCUGUUAAAUUGCCCUUUCCUGUUGUUUCUCUCUCUAUUUCCCUGUCUUUCUCUCUGUCUCUCUCUCGCACGCUCUCUCCGUCUCUCUCCCUCCCUGUCUAUCUCUUUCUCUCUCGCUCCUCUCACUCUCUCCCUCCUUUCCUCUCUCUUUGUCACCCCCCUCACUUUAUCUCUCUGUCUGAGUAGAAGGAGAAGAAGGACAAUCAGAAUAUGCGGACUCUGAAUCCCAGGAAGAUCAAGACCAGGAAGGAUGAGUGGGAACGGCUCAAGAUGGGGGAGGAGUUUGUGGUGCCCAAGAAUGACAUGGGGUGAGAGAGGAGAGAGAAUGAGAACAGGGCGAGAAAUGGAGAGAGGAGAAAGAGGGUGGGGCGAGAGUGUAUGAAGUGGAGUGAGGAGAAAGAGAAUAUGAGGGAGGGAGAUCGUGAGUGUGUACAGGAGAGUGUUGUCCUAUAGAAUGGUUUUAAACUGUUUAAUUGUGUUGUCAUUGAUGAAAAUAUUCACUCUUUUUUUUGUGCAUUUUGUAUGUAGAGAAUCUCUUGAGGGUCUGAAUGGCAGUAUUGGUUCAGGAGAAGGCUGUUACUCCCCUGAUGGUUUGGACCAGAGUACAGGGUCAUACGCCUUCGAUCCUGGCUCCCCCCUCCCUCCCCCCGCCCCGGACGACUUCCUACCCCCUCCACCCCCAGACAUGACGUAUGUAACGGGGAUGGAGUGGAGCAGUGUAUGCACAUUUAAAUUGUGCAUAUACUGUCGUUUUUACACAUAUGUUAUGCUAAUUUAGCGUUGUUAGCAUUAGUAUUUACUCGCCAGUCAACACCCUUCAUCUCAAGUGGACAAAAUCGUUUGCCGAAAGUUGUGUUUUGGAGAAUCCGUGCGCUGACCUUAAUCCUUCCCCUGCUCUCUCAUUGGCAGGUAUCAUGACGGACAGUACGGAGCACCAACCCAGAAGCGCACCAGCGUUCUGAGCCCCACACACCCCCCUCCAGCCCCUCCCAUGCCCUCUUCUGCUCCCAUUGGCGCCCGGCCCAACCUGGGCUCUCCCCCUGCCCCACCUCCUCCUCCCCCCUCCGCUGGCUUCGGAAUCCCUCCCCCUCCUCCCCCCUCUGGAUUUGACUCUUCCCCACCUGCUCCCCCUCCUCUCUCUUCCUCCGCCUAUCCCUCCCCCCCUGCCCCACCUCCUCCUUCCUCUCAGACCUCCAUCUCUCCACCGCCUCCCCCCUCUCUCCCCCAGGGUGGUGGCGCACCUCCUCCUCCUCCUCCGCCUCCCCCAGGCCCUCCUCCCCCCUCUUCUGGCCCUCCUCCCCCCUCCUUCUCCAUUGGGGCUCCCCCUCCUCUUAAAUCCACCCAGGCUCAGCCAGAAGCCCCUGCUGACGCUCACAGUGACCUGCUGUCGGCUAUCCGGCAAGGUACGACAUAUAUAUAUUUAUCUCUAUAGACAGACAGACAGACAGACAGACAUACAGACACACCCUAAUCCCCCCUCUCUCUCCCUCCCUUUCUCUCUGGCAGGUUUUAACCUGCGUAAGGUGGAGGAACAGAAAGAGCAGGAGAAGAAGGAUAACUACGGCAACGACGUGGCGGCCAUCUUGUCUCGCCGUAUUGCUGUGGAGUGCAGCGACAGUGAGGAUGACUCCUCGGAGAUGGGCGAUGACGAUUGGUCCGAG